CUCGAACACUUGAAAAUUCGGAAGCAUAUUUGACAUGGUGAUAACAACGAUGCUCCUCGUCCGGCACGGGCACCGGCUAUCGUGGAUACUGGACCCAGUGACUGGCAAGUACAGCUCGCUUCACACGUUCCCGAGCGGACUGCCAGCGGACCCCCCGCUCGCGUCGCAUGGAGUACGUCAGGCACGCGAGACCAGCAUCUACUUGGACAAGGAACUGGCCGAAGUGGCUCAACAAGGCCGACUUCGUAUCUACUCGAGCUUGUUCUACCGGUGCCUUGAGACGCUGAGACCGACGGUGGAACGGCUGACUUAUCAUGACGCCGGCUUGGCAGUGCGCGGGGAGCGAGGAAUUGGCGAAUGGUUUGGUAAGGCGCCGUUCUCACAGCCCACGCCUGAGCUGCCUUCCCAGCUCAAAGCCAAAUUCUUCCCUUGGGUCGACGACACAUACGAGUCAAGGGUGGUGCCGGAUCAUCAUGGAGAACGCAUCGACAAACUGCACGAUCGCAUCGCCUUGGCCCUCAGCACCAUCGUCGAGGACGUCGAUGCCGAGUUCAACGCAGCUGGCCGUGGUGAUGACAGUGUUACAUUAGUCCUCUCAACACAUGCCGCGCCCAUCAUUGCUAUGGGGAGAGUGCUAACGGGUUAUAUGCCUGAUGAUGUCAAUCACCAGGAUUUCAAGUGCUACACCUGUGGCAUUAGCAAGUUCGUACGCCGAAACACCCAAGCUGAGACCGGCGGUUCCGAGCACUGGAGGACCAACAAGGGAGUCGCUGGUGGGUGGGAUUGCGUGGCCAAUAGUGACUGUAGUCAUCUGAGCCAAGGCGAGGAACGGGGUUGGCAUUUCCAAGGUGACGAAACCUUUGACUCAUAUGGGCCUGGCAUGCUCAUCACCGAGGACGGUGGAGUCAGCGAAAAGGUUCAGGAUACCAAUGAGAGCGACUCGAAGCUCUAAUGGCCCAGGAUCUGUCCUUCAAGUUUGGUAUAGAUAUCCAGCUAUCUCAGCCGUAUGCAUCGCUAGAUUGAUGGAUAGCUACUCCAUUGCCUAAGCCAGGCCCUCGAUGGAUAUGCAGAGCACAUAUGAAUAACGACCGGUCAAUAUAAGCAAUCAGGUGGGAUCAUCAAGUUAUGCCGGGUUUAGUACACUGAACUUAUGAGCUAUCCCAUAUUAUUUCAUCCCUGGCGAGCCGUUUAUUCUGACACACCCCCUGGAGGCUAAGCACUCUCAGUAAACUUGUCUAUCCAUGCCUCGAUCUGGCCCAUGGCAUCCAGAGUUUCGUAUUUUCUCUGUAGUUCGUCCAUCCUCUCCUUGUAUUCCCAUCUGUUAGUAGCCGAUAUAUCCAGCGUACGAAGCAAU